UGACUUUGACUGGAAAUCCUUACUUCAAAGUUCAAACAACAAUGAACAAAUAAACAUGAACUAUAAACAGUGAUAAUUAUGUAAUUUAAUGCACAUUCCACUUAUUUAUUAUAUGCAUGUUUCAAGAAUUAAAAAAAGCCUUAUUCACAAGUGUUACAGGUUUUCCAUAGAUAAUCAGAACAAAUUCAACUUUGAGCCAAUAAUGCCAUCUCAAGAUGAAAAUUUCAGCAACCCUGUGGCUCCUCCUGGAGAAAGUCUGCCAGAGGAGGCAAGGGGGUCCAAUAAGCUGACAAAUGCUGACUUCCGCCGGCUGAUGAUGACGCCACGGGCGCCAGCCUUGUCCAAGGAUGCCACAGAGACUAGCAAGACACCUGCAGGGGGCGAGGACUCCAAGUUGGCUGCUGCUCAGCGACGGGAUCCUAAGGAGGAAGCCCGAGCCAAUGAACGCAAGAAAAGGAAGAGCUACUACGCCCGUCUGAAGAAGGAAGACGAGCAGAAGAUGGCAGAGCUGGCAGAGAAAUACCGCGACCGCGCGCUGGAGCGGCGCGACGGUGUCAACCCUGACUACCACGUCGAGGACGCGUCUGCUGAAGGACAGGGUGCCUACAGGGCCGUCGCUCCCGACCUCAAAUCAGGCUUGGAUGCUGCUGAGCGCCGUAAGCAGAUGAUCCAGGAGUCCAAGUUCUUGGGAGGCGACAUGGAGCACACACACUUGGUCAAGGGGCUGGACUACGCCUUGCUGCAGAAGGUUCGGAGUGAAAUUCUGGCAAAGGAGGCUGCGGAGACAGAGGGGGAUGGUGGCGAUGGUGAUGCUGGCAGUGGUGAUGAAGCAUCAAAAGAUGAUGAUAAGCCUGCUUUCAAAACUGCGCUGGGCCGACGCGUAUUCAACGUUGUGAUGUCGGCACGUGGAGGUCCUGAGUUCAACGACCUUUUCCUGCCGGGGCGCAUGGCGUACAGCAUCGACCUGGAGGCGGACGACGAAAUCCCAACCACCGUCAUUAGAUCCAAGGCUGACCUCCAGGGCAUCGAGAACAUGCAAGCGACGUUCACCAGUAACGACCUGGUCAUCCAGAAGCUGUCACAGAUUCUCUCGUAUCUGCGCACCGGACGCACGUCUAAGAAGAUAAAGAAGAAGGAGCUCAAGAAACCUGAUGGUAAGGCGGCCGCUGACGAUAGCAUCUACGGCGACAUCGGCGCCUACGCGCCUUCUUAUAAGGGUGGCCCCAAGGACGUCCCGCGCCGGGACAGGGAGCGGGACUCCCGCAGGGACCGGGACAGAGGGAGCGGGACUCCCGCAGGGACCGGGACAGGUGAGAGAGGGAGCGGGACUCCCGCAGGGACCGGGACAGGUGAAGGGCGGGGGAGUGCGUGGCCGCAGGGAGGGCUGGGGGAGGCCAGGGAGGACCAGGCCUCCAGGGCAGCCAAGGAGGCCAUCAGUGAAUUCCGUGUGCCGGCCACUGACCAUUCCGGCGGCACGGCGCUCUUGCCCGCCAAGAAAAGUAGCAAACUCAUGGAAGAAAACUUCUACACGGAAUGCUACCCCGAUAUGGCAGAGAUGCACGAUGCUAUUGAUGAUUCUGAUGAUGAGGCUGACUACACUAAGAUGGACUUGGGCAACAAGAAAGGUCCCAUAGGGCGGUGGGACUUCGACACGACGGAGGAAUACAGUGACUACAUGAACCAGAAAGAAGCUCUCCCUAAAGCGGCUUUCCAGUAUGGCGUCAAAAUGGCUGAUGGCCGGAAAACUAGAAGAAUACCAGGGUCGCGCGAGAAAGACCGGAACGCUGAGCUGAGCCGCGAGUGGCAGCAGAUACAAGCCAUCCUACAGAAGCGGAAGGGAGAGGCGGACCUCGGGCCCCCAGAAAAGCGGUCCAAAUAUUGAGGACUUCGAGGACGAAAACCAGCUAUGCCGAACCACAAUUUAUUUCUGUUGUACAGAUACGGAACUCCUCCUGAAAUACUAUUCACAGUAUAAUCUUACAUCGAAAAAGAUAUUUCGUUUUUGUAUAAUUUCAGUAGCCAUUAAGAUUAUUAUUUAAUAGGAACGAGA